UAUCUUCAAAAACCUUCCUCUCAAAACCAAACAAACCCCCUAAUUGCACCAUUAAAUACACACCCAGAGAUAUGCCGUUUUCGUGCGACUCCCUCCCCUCCUCCGCCACCGUCCUCUCCGUGGCAACCUCCUUCGCUGCCACUGCCAUCCUCCUCCGCACCAUCCACAACGACCUCAUCCCCGCCCCCCUCCGCGCCUACUUCAAUAAACUCUCUGCCCGCCUCUCUUCCCGCCUCACCCUCGUCGUCGACCAAUCCGACGGCCUGUCCCCCAACCACCUCUACGACGCCGUCGACACGUACCUCUCCACCAAGCUAUCCCCUUCCAUCCACCGCAUCAAAGUCAAUAAGCUCGAAAAAGACCCCCACCUCUCCCUCUCCGUCGACAAAAACCAGGACAUCCCCGACACCUUCCAGAACGACGCCGCCCUCGUCAAGCUCAACUGGGUCUCCCACAGCACUCUCGUCGAACGCUUUGAUAGCAAACCAAACAAAACAGAGCUGAAGCACUUCGAGUUGAGUUUCCACAAGAAGCACAAGGAAAUCGUGCUAGCUUCUUACUUGCCGUACGUACUGCGGAAGGCGAAGGAAAUCAAGGAGGAAAGGAAGACGGUGAGGCUGCACACGGUGGACUACAACGGGACGGAUUACUGGAGCUCUGUUCCUCUAAACCAUCCUUCGACGUUCGAGACGAUGGCGAUGGAGGCGGGGACGAAGGCGGAGCUGAUUGAGGAUCUGGACAGGUUUGUUGAAAGGAAGGAGUAUUAUAAGAGGGUUGGAAAGGCGUGGAAGAGAGGGUACUUGUUUUACGGGCCGCCGGGGACGGGGAAAUCGAGCUUGGUUGCGGCCAUGGCGAAUUACUUGAGGUUUGAUGUUUAUGAUUUGGAUUUGAGGGAGGUGCAGUGUAAUUCGGAUUUGAGGAGGUUGUUGAUUGGGACGGGGAACAGGUCGAUUGUUGUGGUGGAGGAUAUCGAUUGUAACGUUGGGUUGCAGAAUCGGGAGGUGGAGACAGAAGGGAAGAUUGUUGAGGAUGACAAGAUUACUCUGUCCGGGCUACUCAACUUCAUUGACGGGUUAUGGUCAAGCUGUGGAGAUGAGCGGAUAAUAGUGUUCACAACCAACCACAAGGACCGUCUUGAUCCAGCGUUGUUGCGACCGGGUCGCAUGGACCUUCACAUUCACAUGUCUUACUGCACCUUCCAUGGAUUCAAGACACUCGCGUUGAAUUACCUGAAAAUCCAAGAACACCAACUAUUCGACACGAUCAAAGAAUUUUUAGACAAGGUAGAAGCUACGCCAGCUGAGAUUGCAGGACAACUAAUGAAAUAUGAUAACGCCGAUAUCGCACUUCAGAAUGUUAUCAAUUUCCUCCAUAACAAGGACCAGCCGAAAACAACAGAAUUAUCAAGUUAAGGGAAAUAUCAAGCCAGAGAGAAUGCACUGCAGGGGAGACCUGGAGAGGAGUCUUAACACGGUUAGGUUUUUGAAUUUUCUGCUCUUUCAAGUUUGCUUUGAGGUUAAAUUUAUUUGUUGUUGAAGCAAUAUCGUGCUAUAUCAUUGGCUUCUUGUUUUUGGGAAUUCACGUUUUAGUGUAGUAAAUUUCUUGUGCUUUGUGGGUAGCCAAAUCCAACUUUGAGGCAAUGGACUGGCUUUGGAAUGACUCUAGUCUAGCCCUGUUCGACUAAAAGCACUAAGGCCAACACUUGGUUUUGGUGGCCUAUGACUUUAGUAGGGAUUCAACUGAAUUCCAUUUCAAAGUCCAGGUAACAGAAUAGUUCUAAAUUAUUAACGGAGAAAAGAGAUUUAACGAGCUGAAUCGGGGUAGAGGUGUCGAAUGAGUUGCAAGUGUCGUGCCAGCCUAGCAUACGUCAUGUCAUGCCGUGCCAUGUUGCAAUAGGCUAGACCCAUGAGCAUGUCCCCAUUCGUGCAGUAUCCGUGUCGUGCCUAUCUCGUGCCCGUAGCAUGUCGUGCCCAUGCCUGAGCCUUAUAAAUUUAAAAAAAAAAUUGGACAAUUAUUUUUAAUCUAUUAUAUGAUCAUAAGUUCACUCUCUGUUUUUAUCGAAAUUCAAUUGUGCAUGUUGACUCAUACAUUGUGAUGUUAAAGAAAAUAAAAGAAUCUAGCGGGCAAAAACUCUCAGAGUGGAACAAUUGAGUAAAGAAAGAACAAAUCUCAUAUUUAUUCAAAUAAAUUAAAUGUAUCGAUUAAAUUUGUACACAAAUAGAAACGAUACUUCC